UUAGAAAACACUAGCAGUUGAUGAGAAAAGAAAGAGAUGGUUGGAUAAGAAAAUGGAAACUCAUUUUGUCGCCCACCAAUACCAUCCUCUCCCUCCUCUAAAUCUUUGUCCUUCUCCCUUCAUUUUCCUGAGUUCCAAUUCCAAACACAAAUGUAAAUCUUUGUCCUUGUCUCUAAAUCACAAAAUUCUCAGAAUUUGCAAUGCUACCAGUACACCUGAUUCUGGAAGUACCAGUCCUGGAGCUCCACCACCAUUCCCAAACGAACAGCAACCCAACAGUGGAAAUUCUGGAAUUAUAGUUUCAUCCUGUGUUGUUGGUCUCCUCACUGGCCUAGCUGUUGUGCUGUUCAACAAUGGAGUAGGUGAAAUCCGUGAUCUUUUCUGGGAUGGCAUUCCAUACAGAGGUGCAUCCUGGCUCAGAGAAGAGCCUCUUCAAUCUAUCUGGCCUCGCGUCGUCUUCGUUCCUGCCUGCGGAGGCAUGCUCGUGAGCUUCUGCAACACCAUUCGAUCAACCGUUGAUGAUGACAACAACAGCAGCAGCAGCAGCAGCAGCAGAUUGUCUGGUGUUUUAAGCCCCUUUCUCAAGGCAGUGGCAGCUUGUUUGACUCUUGGUACUGGGAAUUCGCUUGGACCAGAAGGUCCAAGUGUGGAGAUUGGGUCUUCCAUUGCUAAAGGAGUUGCUUCUCUCACUCUUUCUUCUCGCCAAUCUCAGACCAAGCUCUCCCUUUUAGCUGCCGGCUCUGCUGCUGGCAUCUCUUCUGGAUUUAAUGCUGCUGUUGCCGGUUGUUUCUUUGCUGUUGAGUCGGUGCUGUGGCCGUCCUCCGCAGAUAAGUCUGCCUCACUCACUAACACUACUUCAAUGGUUAUAAUUAGUUCCGUAGUAGCUUCUGUCGUGUCUGAAGUUGGUCUUGGCUCUGAACCCGCCUUUUUGGUCCCCGGCUAUGACUUUCGCUCCAUUGGUGAACUCCCAUUGUACCUGUUGCUGGGUGUCCUGUGUGGUUUGGUGUCGUUGGCUCUAUCCAAAUGUACAUCAUUUAUGCUGUCAGCUUUCAACAAUCUUCACACGGAUAUUGGCAUCCCAAGGCCCGUGUUCCCUGUGGCCGGGGGCCUAGCAGUUGGGAUGCUUGCCUUGGCUUAUCCUGAGAUCCUCUACUGGGGUUUCGAAAAUGUCGACAUUCUUCUGGAAUCUAGGCCAUUUGUGAAAGGCCUCCCUGCAGAGCUGCUGGUUCAGCUUGUGGGAGUAAAGAUAGUUGCAACGUCUUUGUGCCGGGCAUCUGGAUUAGUCGGAGGUUUUUAUGCACCGUCGCUCUUUAUUGGUGCAGCAACAGGAAUGGCAUAUGGGAAACUGAUUGCUAUCGCAGUUUCUCAGUUCAAUCCAGCAUUUCAGCUUUCCUUCUUCGAAGUUGCAUCACCACAAGCAUAUGGCCUGGUAGGAAUGGCUGCAACACUUGCAGGAGUGUGUCAGGUGCCUCUUACUGCAGUUUUACUGCUUUUCGAAUUGACACAAGACUAUCGAAUAGUUCUCCCACUUCUAGGAGCUGUUGGGUUGUCCUCAUGGAUUACAUCUGGACAAUCAAGAAGAGACGUGAAGGAAACCAGAAAUAGAAUUACGAUUAAUCAACCUGAAAUACAUGCUUCUGUCGAAUAUGGACAAUCUUCUGGUUCUUUACUACCUGAGAAGGCUCCUAAUGCAAGUAACCUUUGUGAAGUUGAAAGUUCUCUUUGUGUAGAUGAUUCUAGAACUGAAAUUGAAGAGUAUAAGACGAGGAUUAUUGUUUCAGAAGCUAUGAGAACACGUUUUAUAACAGUUUGCAUGAGCACUUUGAUUACUGAAGCAGUGAGUCUCAUGCUUUCAGAGAAGCAGUCUUGUGCAAUGAUUGUUGAUGACAACAAUGUUUUACUUGGUUUACUGACUCUUGGAAACAUUGAAGGAUUUAGCAGAACUACCAAAGCAAAAACUGAGGGGAACAAGGAGCUUUUAGUAUCUGAAAUAUGUUCAUUUGAUGGGGGGAAAUGCCAAGUGCCAUGGACUGCUAAGCCUAGCAUGGACCUUUUCUCUGUGCAAAUCAUGAUGGAUAGGUUAGGUAUUAGUGAGGUUCCAGUUGUUUCAGAGCAUGCUCAAGACUACAAAGGGCAACCAGUUGGCCUUUUAGAUAGAGAAUGCAUUAACGUUACUUGCAGAGCUCUAGCUACCAGAGAAUCCCUCAUGUGAUGUUCCAUGCCAGAAACAGAAGCAAUAGAUGUGUGUGACGUGAGAAAACAUGCGGUAUUGAGAAACAUAUCCUCAGACCCAAACAGGUGAACAAUUUAAACUCUGCUAAAUCCAAUCGAAUAUACGGAAGAGAUAUUUCUAGCUCAAGACUAAUGGGGACGACCUGAGCUGUGAGCAAUAGGUGAGCUAAACAUGGGAAGGGGAUAAAAUUCUUCUGCCUACCCAGGGGACUUAUGCAUCGGUAGAUGGGAAUUCUCGAGCGAUGUUACGGAAAUCCUAUUGUCCGGAACCAUACCUAAAUCACUAAAGAAAAGCAAGAAAGAAAGUACUCAGACAAAAUGGAUACAGCUAAAAUGUCUUCUUGUAGAAGAUGGAGAGAAAGGUCAGUUUAAGAUUGAGUCAAUUUCACCUAUUCCUAUUCAAUAAAAGCCCGAGUAGAAUGGUUUCCAACUCUUACAAUCUGUAACUAUACAACCAGCAAACUGCUAAAUAACUGUAAAUAAUUAUAAUUAUAUUUAAAAAAACACAAUACAGAUGCAGUAAAAUUUCCAUUGUA